AUGGCAGACGAGACCGCUGAUAUCUCAGGAACAGAGCAAUUGUCUAUUGGGAUUAGAUUUUUUGAUGAUGAGAAAAGGGCUAUCAGAGAAGAAUUUUUAGGCUUCAUUGAACUACAUGCCAUGGAUGCUGUUAACAUAGCUAGUGCAACAGAUCAUUUUAUUCAAAACGAAGGUCUCGAUGGAACGAAGCUUGUUGGACAAGGCUAUGAUGGUUGCGCAACUAUGGCAGGGAAAAUCAAUGGAGUGCAAACAAUUUUACGAGAAAAAUAUCCACAUGCUCUAUUUUUUCACUGUGCAAGUCAUAAAUUAAACUUGGUGGUCAAUGAUUUAAAUUGUGUUCCAGAAAUACGUAACACAAUUUCAACGGUAAAGGAUAUCAUAAACUUUUUUCGCGAAUCUGUUUUACGUAGAAAAUGUAUCCCGAACAUACCAGCAUUCUGUGAGACACGAUGGUCUCAAAAAUAUAGAAGUAUUUCAAUUUUCAAAGAAAAUUUUGAGAUAAUUGUACAUGCUUUAGAUAAAUUGUCAAAAGAUGGGAACACUGCAACAAGAAAAGUUGCUUUUCAAUUGUAUGCUGUAGCAAAUAAAAGUAUUUUUAUAAUGAGUGUUAUCCUCAUAGCAAAAUACUCUAAAUUAUUAGAGCCUGUUGUGAAUGCUUUACAAUCAAAAAAUCUGGAUUUGCUGAAAUGCUCAAAUUUUAUAAAAAAAAUAGUAGUCAUAGUGAAAGAUCACCGCGAACACGCUGACACAGAAAUUCAAGAAUUAUUAACUGCUGCAAACAUAGCAGCUGAGAAUAUAGGAGCAGAAAUUAAUCUUCCUAGGAUUGUUAAACAACAACAACAUCGUUCGAAUCCUCCAGUGUUAAAUUCGGCUGAAUUCUGGAAGAGAUCAUUACUAAUUCCAUACUUGGAUUCAUUAAUAUCCUUAUUGGAACGGAGAUUUUCUGAUGAAAACAUACCUGCUUUUUCACUUUUAUUAUUACACCCUUCAAAUAUGUUAGAUAUGAACACCAAAGAAUUUAAACUUAAAAUAAAUGAUUUUGCCAAUUAUUACCAAAUUAAAGACUUGGAAGGUGAAGCAGAAUUAUGGUACAACAUCUGGAAGGAGAAAAAACUGGCUAAAAGCAAACUAUCAGACAUGGAAAUGAGUGAAGUAGUAGAAGAAACAGAUAUUUUCUUUCCUAAAAUAAAACAAGCCUUGCAUAUUUCUUUAGCUCAGCCAUGUACAACUUGCACUAUUGAGAGGUCAUUCAGUACGUUAAGAAGGGUAAAGACUUGGUUGCGUUCAACGAUGACGGAAAACCGUCUGAAUGGUCUAUGCAUACUAAGUAUGCAUAGAAAGCUGCUAGAUGAAAAAAAGGAAGAGAUGCAACAGAAAAUUCUCAGCAGAUUUUGCGAAGACUCUAGACCAUUGUCAUUGUUAUAA